AUGGAUCAAAAACCCUUCAUGCCUGCCCCGGGCGUCUUCCCCAUAUCCCUCCCAAAGACAAUCCGCCUGAUCAUUACGCUUCUAUACCUGCAACUCCUCUACGCAGCUUCGUACCUCGCAUUGCCAUUGCGAAACUCACGAAGGGAGUUCCCCCCCUUCAACAAUACCAUUGUGCGCAUAGAAACAAGAGUCACAACUGCCAUCCUCGGCAUCGCCCCGCUCCCGGUCUACAAUUCCGCAACAGCAACAGAGCGGCCAUGGCAACUUGCCUCAGGAAACGGCCUCUUGAACCAAGACACCAACAUAUGCACUGUACUCCCAGGUCCUAGUUCUCGAGACAUCCCUAUCUGGCCAACACAGGCACAGCAUGACUCCGAUUCCUCCGAUGAACAGCAAUCCCCCAUACUCAACCUGCAAGAGAACAUCACUCAAAUGGCUAGCCUAGCACACCGAGACAGCUCAUCCAUCUAUGAUACCGUGCAUAGAAUCAGAUCCAGCACUCGAGGCAGCAUCUCAACAAUCGCCAGUUCUGCGAAAGCGAUCUUCCGCCAGCCGCUGAACAUGGUAUCGCGGAAUCUGGACGGCUCACCCGAGGAACGGCAUGAUGUACGCCACGAGCCAGAGCUAGUCAUUCAAGCACCAGUGUCAACCCCAGAGCCGGGAUUUAUCGAGAACGUGCCUUUCCCUGUGCCGAAGACUGCGCCGAUAUCUGUGGCGCGUGCGGGUGAUCAUUUCAGUGAUCCUGGACCGGAAUCUGCAAUUAAGGCGCAGCAGGCUGUCUCGUUCGGUGCGAAGAAUGAUCCUGUCGUUGAUGUCGAUACUGUACAGAUGAAUCGCUCUCGCAAGUAUCAUUCGAUCGAGAGUUAUCCUGGGAAGUUCCCUGUUAGUGAUUCGCUGGAUUAUAGCUCUCUUGCUACUGCUUAUGCUGUUAGGGGGAGGGGAACUACCUCUGUUCGGCCUUUCUCGGACUACUAA